UCAUGAAGGCCAGGAAGUGGGCAGUCAUUACAGUGAUUGGAAAAUGUAAAUCCUCGGUGGACUUCAGGUUUUUCUAUCAGCCACACAGUGCCCCUCCAAACUUUGCCAUACAACAGCACAGUUUCCAGUGCUUCGGGAAAUGGAGUAUGUUGCUCCAUAUCAGAAGCCUUAAAAGACUAGUUACUAAUGGGAGGUGGUCUUCAAUAAGUUCGCUAUGAAAGUGAAGAAAAGUGCCAGUUUUGCCGCGCCGACUGCGGUGUGCACAUUGGACAGCGGACUGGUUCCGCACGAGCCUGGGUGGUAAGGAAUGAAGAGGGAGUUGGUGGCAAAUUAUUCGGGCUUUUGCUUCCUCGCAACCCAUGCGACUCGGUUGCGCUUUGCGACUCGGUGAGGACGGAUUUUCUCACUAGAGUAGUUGGACGACCUUGCAGUAGUUUUUCUGGUGCCGAAAAGAAGGGUGUAGACUUGGAGAUGGGCGAUUAAGGUCGGUGCCGCGGUGCAAGAUUGUUCUGGAUUCCUUACGGUUUUUGGCGUAGUUUGCCGUGAUUGGGAGCUCUUACGGAGUAUGUGUAGAAAUAAAUGUUUGAAGUGUAGGGAGAUCACGAGGCUCUACAGAUUCUUAAGGCUUGGAUGUGUAGAGUUUGGGGAGGAGGACAAGCGACAGAGUCUUGUUGAGAAAUAACAGCUCGGCUACUGUUAUGUAAAGUUGGCGGUAUGGCUGUUAGUGAGAAUUAGCUCUGAAUCUGUUGACAAGAUACCCUUGCACUGAGUUGGCAAAUCAACUCAUUCCAAGUGUUCAUGGACAUGUCUGUAGAAUCCGUCGAGGCGUGCGACUGGCAAUGCAGGGUUUCUGACUUUACAACCAGAGAUGCCAACAGAAGUCAUGUUGAAGCCUGCAACCAGGUUGUCAUAUAUGCGUCCAUGGAACGAGUUAUUCAAUGCUGGUGUUUGGAUCAGUGUGCUUGCAAAUGAGAUGCAGUGAUGGAAUGGCGUGCGAUUCUAGAAAUAAGCCGGAUGGAUCCUCCCCUCCCCACAUGGAUGACAGUGGAUUUCCGAACUUUGACUCAUUAAACCAUCACCACGUUAUUUACUCUGGAGAUUGAGCCUACUCUCCAGUUCUUCUCACUGCAGGUUUAAGAUGGCGAAGUCAGAAUUGGAUCUCUUAACCUCAUUCUGGAUCAAUGUGGUGUUAACAGUAUCAUUCUUGAUAUCUUAUGUACUGUUAAAAAAUUUGCCUUUGAAUUUUCGGGUCUACUACCCACGACGGUACUUGAAGGGCCUGGUUGAGCGCGUAGAUGACUUGGUGAAUUCAGAAGAUAAGAGACAUCGUGGGGUUGGUUGGAGGUGGUGUUCGAACCUUUUUGAUUGGAUAUUGUCUACCUGGCGCACGACAGAAAUGGAGUUCAUUGAGCAGUAUGGUCUUGACUCUGCUGUCCUCCUUCGGACCUAUUUGUUUGGGCUGAAGCUGUUUGUUCCGCUAAUGAUCUGGGGAUCGGUAGUGCUCAUUCCUGUGAAUACGACAGAUACUGAGCUGCAAAAUUUUCAAUCAGUUGAGUCUAACGUGACGUAUAGCAGAGUUGAUACCCUGUCUAUUGCAAACGUACACGAUCUUUCAGAAAGAUUAUGGGCACAUCUAUUGGCGUCGUAUUUGUUCACUAUAUGGACGAUUAUCUUGCUUUACAUUGAAUAUUCUAGAAUAUCUAAGCGCCGGUUACAGUAUAUUGUAUCUCGAAAGCAACGGCCUGAGCAUUUUACGGUUUUGGUGAGGCAUGUGCCUAAAGACACAAGUAUGUCUGUUGGAGAAAAAAUUCGGGAGUUUUUCCAAGAAAACCACCCUGAGCACUAUCAUACUCACCAGGUUGUGUUCAACGCGAGGAAACUGCAUAAGCUCAUUAAGAAAGUAGAGAAAUAUGAAGGUGAAUUAGAACUCAUCGUCAAAGCCUACGAAGCUCGCAAAGAUGCUGAUCCUGAGGCUUCCCGACCUACACUUAAGAAGCACUGGUACCAUAUAUGUAUGCCGAAAUCGGAUGCCAUUGAUUUUUACAAAGAUAAAAUCGCUCAACUUAAAAAAGAGGUUAGGUCUGAGCGAAAGAAUGUAUUAUCGCAUUCAGAUUAUGUUGUUAAAGCUGGUUUUGUCACCUUCAACUCAUGCUGGGGUGCUGCUGUCUGCGCUCAGUCAUUACAAAGCGGAGAAUGUACAAAAUGGAUGACUGAAUGGGCUUGUGAACCUCGGGAUGUGUAUUGGAGAAGUCUGCCCCUUAACUACAUGCAAUUGAACGCUUACCGACUCAUUGUGAACCUACUCGUAGUUGCUUUAAUAAUCUUCUUCUUUAUUCCAGUUGCAUUCGUGCAAUCAUUGGCCAAUCUAGACACUCUUAUCAAGUAUUUUCCAUUUCUCAAGCCCAUUAUACGCUGGAGUAUCGUUAGGUCCUUCUUUCAAGGGUAUCUUCCAGGGCUUCUCUUGAGAAUAAUUGUUGUGUUGAUCCUACCUCCACUGUUGAGAGUACUUACAAAGUUUGAAGGCCAUGUCUCUUAUUCAAAAAUUGAUAAGUAUGCGGCUCUGAAGUACUACAUAUUCAUGGUGGUCAACGUGUUUUUUGGUAACGUCUUUAUUGGAUCUCUAUUUGAGCAGCUAAGGCAGUACAUUGCAGCACCUACAACAAUCCCAAAAACUUUUGGAUUCUCCGUCCCCAUGAAGGCAACCUUUUUCAUGUCGUAUAUCAUGGUGGAUGGUUGGUCAGCCAAUGCUGCUGAAAUACUUCGUCUUUGGCCGCUCUUCUGGUACCAUGUUUCCGAUUUCUUCUUCGUGCGAACCGAGAAAGAUCGAGUGAAAAUUCUACCAGCUUCACCACCAGAUUAUACAGUUAUUCUGACUCGCUUGAGUCUAUACUUUCUACUUGGUCUGGUCUACGCAGUCAUUUCGCCACUCAUACUGCCGUUCCUAGUCAUGUUUUUUGCCUUUGGUUACCUCGUAUAUCGAAAUCAGAUUAUCAAUGUUUAUGAGCCUAGAUAUGAAUGUGCAGCGUCAUUCUGGCCGUUUAUCCAUCGCAAUAUCAUUAUUGCUCUCAUCAUCAAGCACCUCACGAUAAUUGGUUUAUUCUCCUUAAAGCAAGCAGUCGCUUCAACACCCUUUUUGCUUCCGCUCCCUGUACUCACCAUUGUCUUCCAUCUGCAUUGUCGUCAGAAGUUCCUGCCAGCCUUCAAAAAUUUCCCUUUGCAGGAAGCUAUAAGGAAAGAUAAUUUGGAAUUCAACGCGGACACUGUGAACAUGCUUGAGAAAUCAUACCUCCACCCUGCAAUCCAGUUGUCUUCUACGGAAAGUGAUGACGAUGAUCCAGGCACAGUUAGAAAUGGCACUCCUCCACGUGGUGGCAAAGAUCAUCGCCGAUCUGAGGCACCUAGCAACAAUUACGGUGACAGUGUGACCUCAGGAAAAUCAUUUUGGAUGAACUCCCGAGCAACCUCAAUACACUCCAAUGAAGUGGGGAAUGGCUCGAUUUAUGGUUCUAACGGAAUACCUAAUCAUGUGCAAGUUGGUGAUCCUCCAGCUCUGUUUCCAGUUGAUGCUUCCUUAUGUCCACCAGUCCAGCCAAGAGGAAGGGCCCAUCAUCUAGGUUCUAGAUCUUGGCCAUCUUCUAGAAGGUUUGAGCCGUCCCAUGCAUCUUUCAGAAAUCUUCCGUGAGGCCUGCAUGAGCUUGGUUCCUGCAAAAGCCGCACAUAGAUUUUUUUUUAAAAAAAGAUCUGUCUUCUGUGAAAGUGGAUGUGAACAAGCGGUUUGUUUCCCCGGAAAUGUGAGCAGUUUAACACGCUGAUCUGCAUGUAUUCACCCCUUUCUUUAGUGGAUUACAAGAGCAGGGUCAAGAUUAAGACUCGUUCGUCUGUGUUUAUUGCUUGAAAUGGCUUAGAACGAUGACAGACACUCCCUCAUGCGAGACUUUGAUACAAAGACAGCACAAUUGGAGCACAAUCGUGCAGCAUAUGGUUAAACAUUUGAAGCUCAGAUUUUGUCGCAUAGAUGAAAGGGAUAACAGGAUUAACUGUAGUUAUUCCUUCUAGUAAACAGAUUCAUUGGAGCAUGAAAUGGCAUACAAACUGAUGUCAUAGACAAGGGCUGGACAAUCUAGCAACAACUAGGUCUCCAUUGAUGACGGUGCUUACAGUACAAUGUAUUGUGCUUAAGGUGGAAUUCCACCACUGCUCACAUUUCACGCAGAA